AACCAAUGGUGGAUUCCCCAUCCGCUUUGGUGGGUGAUAAAAUUUAUUUUUUUGGUGGCCGUGUGCCUGAUUCAAACAGAAUAUUCAGGUAUAUCAAUCAAAUACUUUUAUUGGAUCUAUCUGUGAACUUUUACGUGGACAACCCCUCGUGGGCAAAUCUUUCUUCCUUCCCUUAUGGCAUUUCUUCAGCCGCUGCAGCAGUUGACGACUUCGGGGCUGUAUUUUUAUUUGGUGGAAUAAAAGAAAACCUAACGACUCAUGUCGUAAAUGACAAUACCACCAGUUUGCUCUAUAAAUUUAAUUCGAUAUCUGCAUCGAUAUUACCACCUGUUUUUUCAGGCACACCACCUCCAAAUCGAAGGGCAACGACAAUGAUAUUUGUUAAAAGUAAAGGACAAAUGUGGAUUUUUGGAGGCCGCCAAGAUAUUUUUAUGGGCCUGAAUAUUACUUUAUUUAAUGAUGUUAUCUUAUUUAAUCCCAAAUUACUAAGUUGGGAUUUUCAUGAAAUUUUGCCUGAUGGUCCCAAGCCAAGAGGUCAUCAUACUGCAACUCUACUUAAAAAUGGAAUAAUCGUUAUCUUGGGUGGAGUAGAAAAUCAAAAUGAAACCAAACCAAUUGACAUGAACCUGAUUUAUCUUUAUGACACAAAUACAAAUACGUGGUCUUCUAAACAAGCGUCAGGCUCACUAGUCGAAUCUCGUUCAGGCCAUAGUGCGGUUCUAACGGGAGACGAUAAGAUAAUUAUAUACGGAGGCUGGAAAUCCUGGAGAGAAAAUUACACGACACCUACUCCACUUCUAUCUAUACUCGAUACUUCCACAUACACUUGGUCAAUCCCUAGUAUUACUGGCGAUAGUCCACCUCUUGCAUAUCACGCAGCUCAUCUCUAUAAUAAUUGCAUGAUUUUAGCAUUUGGAAACAUUACAAACUUUAACGGUCCUCCAAAUGAUACAACCAACAAGGUUUAUAUUUUGGAUAUCACCAGCUUUACUUGGGUCUCACAAUAUCCGGUCAACAAUACCAUUCCUAGCAAACCCAUACAAGACAACAACAGCAACAAAAUACCAAUUAUAUUAGGAGUCGUUAUUCCAAUUAAAAGUUAUACACGUUAUUCUCUAUUUUGA